UCCCCUCUCUCUCCCCUCUCCUCCUCUCUCCUUUCUCUCCUCCUCUCCUUCUCUCUCUCCUCUCUUCUCCUCUCUCCUCCUCCCUUCUCUCCUCAUCUCCUCUCCUCCUGUCUCUCCUCGUCUUUGUCUUUUCUGCUCCUCCCCCUUCUCUCACUCAAUCUCUAAUUUUCCUCCUCCCUCUCUCCUUGCAUCCUUUCCUCUCUAUUUCUCUCACCCCUUCCUCCCUCCAUUUCAUAGAUCCUCCCUCUUUUUUCUUAUUGAUUCAGUCCCACUCUCCUCCUCUCCUUCGUCACAGCUCCUCCCCCCUCCCUGUCUCUCUCUCUCUCUCUCUCUCUCUCUCUCUCUCUCUCUCCCUCCCUCCGUCAUUGUCGGACUCAGAGGAGACAGAGUCAGUCAGUAGCAUGUCGUCCAUCAGUCUCCUGCUGCUCGGUACCGCUCUCCUCCACAGCGUCCAGAGAUGGACAGAGGACAGUUUAACGACAGCGGUACCGAGGUGAUUUAUGUUCUUUCCAGAUGGACUUGUUGCAACAUUAGCAAACCUCCUCAGUCCUUUAUUCCCUGCAGUCAAACUGUCCUCCGUCAGCAUCAGACACUGCAUUCAGUCCCGGUCUGGACCUGCUGUUCACUGGGAGCUCCUAGUCCGACAGAGUCAGCUAAUGGAUCCACAACAGCUGCUGGACUGGCGGGACGUAGCACACAGCACUAUUAGCUACUCUAUCCAUAUCAUUACCUCCUCUUCAUCAUCAUCAUCAUCUUCACAUCUUCCUCCUGUACUGAAGGCUGCAUCAUGAAUCUGUGCUGAUGCAGGUUGUGAGAUAUUAUGCUCAUCAAUCCCACAGUGAGUCUGUGCAACUGGCAAACACAGAAACACUGCAGCAGGAGACCCACCGUACAGACUGCAGACUCACCGUACAGACUGCAGACUCACCGUACAGACUGCAGACUCACAGUACAGACUGCAGACUCACCGUACAGACUGCAGACUCACCGUACAGACUGCAGACUCACAGUACAGACUGCAGACUCACCGUACAGACUGCAGACUCAGUGCAGACUGCAGACUCACAGUACAGACUGCAGACUCACUUUACAGACUGCAGACCCACCGUACAGACUGCAGACUCACAGUACAGACUGCAGACUCACCGUACAGACUGCAGACUCACUUUACAGACUGCAGACUCAAGGUACAGACUGCAGACCCACCGUACAGACUGCAGACUCACCGUACAGACUGCAGACCCACCGUACAGACUGCAGACUCACCGUACAGACUGCAGACUCACUUUACAGACUGCAGACUCAAGGUACAGACUGCAGACUCACCGUACAGACUGCAGACUCACCGUACAGACUGCAGACUCACUUUACAGACUGCAGACUCACUUUACAGACUGCAGACCCACCGUACAGACUGCAGACUCACCGUACAGACUGCAGACUCACAGUACAGACUGCAGACCCACCGUGCAGACUGCAGACUCACAGUGCAGACUGCAGACUCACCGUACAGACUGCAGACUCACUUUACAGACUGCAGACUCACAGUACAGACUGCAGACUCACCGUACAGACUGCAGACUCACGGUACAGACUGCAGACUCACCGUACAGACUGCAGACUCACCGUACAGACUGCAGACUCACCGUACAGACUGCAGGCCCCACUGUACAGACUGCAGACUCACAGUACAGACUGCAGACUCACCGUACAGACUGCAGACUCACAGUACAGACUGCAGACUCACCGUACAGACUGCAGACUCAAGGUACAGACUGCAGACUCACAGUACAGACUGCAGACUCACAGUACAGACUGCAGACUCACCGUACAGACUGCAGACUCACGGUACAGACUGCAGACUCACCGUACAGACUGCAGACUCACAGUACAGACUGCAGACUCACCGUACAGACUGCAGACUCACCCUACAGACUGCAGACUCACCGUACAGACUGCAGGCUCACAGUACAGACUGCAAACUCACCGUACAGACUGCAGACUCACCGUACAGACUGCAGACCCACCGUACAGACUGCAGACUCACAGUACAGACUGCAGACUCACCGUACAGACUGCAGACUCACUGAACGAUAUUCAUUUUCAUAUUGGACGAUAAAAACAGUUUAUUUGCUGAAUUGUGGCUUUAUGAAUUAAUGAAUUAAUGAAUUUAAGUAAAUAUAAUUUUUUUAAAAAACAGAAUCUACUGCAGACACAUACAAACAUCUGUCUCUCUUCUCCUUAUCUCACUCCAUCGCCCUUUCUCUCCAC